UCUAGAGUGGGAGUCAUCAUUGAACACCAUCUGCAUCUUGCGCAUGUAACGGAAUGACGUGCGAAUCAAAUCUGGUAUAAAUACAGAUAACCAUAUAAAACAUACGCAGUGAUCUUGUUACAUCUCCCAGAAACGGAUUACCUAGCGAAUUAUAUCGUAACGUAUACGAGAGAUUGAUACGGUCUUGAAUUAUUAUUCGUUUAACUACCUACAUAGGUACCUCUUACCUCUAUUCUGUACCUAAUAUAUCUUCCUCUUGCCUAUUAUACGUCUAUCAGACUAUUAUACAUACAGAAUUAUCUGUCAUACGACAAAAUGACACAGGAAGCUAUUACUGGCAAGCAGCCUAAAUAUGGUCAGUCAGAAUUCAUUUCUUAUCGUGGUUUCUAUUUGCGUGCUUUUAAUGCAGCUGCUUCUUUACUCCCUUUACUCCCAAGCGUUUAUGGUAUAGAGCAGUGACUGAAUACUUGGAAGAAAGAACUCAGCAGCAACCUGAGAACCCAUUCGCGAGUCUGAUUCCAGACCAGGAAAUUGCCAUUAUUCCAAGCUUCACUCUCGAGUCUGGAGUUACUCUACAGAAUGUGCCAUUGGCAUAUACAACGCGAGGAAAGCUGUCUCCGAAUGCAGACAAUGCUAUGGUCAUCUGUCAUGCCUUGACGGGCUCAGCUGAUGUUAGCGAUUGGUGGGGACCUCUUCUCGGCGGUCCUGGCCGGGCAUUUGACACUUCUAGAUUCUUCAUUGUCUGUAUGAACAGUUUAGGUAGCCCCUAUGGCACGGCCAGCCCAGUAACCGUCAAGGAUGGCGAUCCGAACAACGAGAGAUACGGCCCCGAAUUUCCUCUUACCACAAUAAGAGACGAUGUCAAUUUGCAUAAGCUUCUUCUCGACGACCUAGGCGUACGCCAGGUAGCUGCCGUCAUCGGUGGAUCCAUGGGCGGUAUGCUUGUGCUUGAGUGGGCGUACUUCGGCAAGGAUUAUGUUCGGAGUAUUGUUCCGAUCGCUACUUCAAGCCGCCAUAGCGCUUGGGGAAUUAGUUGGGGCGAAGCCCAACGACAGAGCAUAUAUGCGGACCCAAAGUAUGAUGAUGGAUAUUACUCAUUCUCCGAUCCACCUACGACCGGCCUUGGAGCCGCCCGUAUGUCCGCCCUUUUGACCUACCGGAGUCGGAAUUCCUUUGAGGCACGGUUUGGGCGCAAUAUCCCAGACCCGGCUAGGCGCCAAACCAUCAGGGAAAGACCCCGCCCGAGCACUCCAUCCGAGGCUCAUUUUCAUAUUCACAAUGAUGGGCACAAGACAACUCGGUUAUCAAGGAACAAUAGCCACGCCAGUGAGGCCGAUGCGGGCAUUCAUAAUGAUACCAAUGGUCAAUCACUAGAUCCCCAAUUCUCCGGCCCGAAGACAGACAUUUCUACUGAAAGUAAUUCGUUGCCAACCACAACCUACUUCUCAGCUCAGUCAUAUCUUCGCUACCAAGGCGGGAAAUUUGUCAAGCGCUUUGACAGUAACUGUUAUAUUGCGAUCACGCGGAAACUAGACACGCACGAUGUUUCUCGAUACCGCGCUAGUACCGUCGCCGAGGCACUCGCUCUCAUUGAGCAGCCCACCUUAGUUUUGGGGAUUGAAAGUGACGGGCUCUUCACAUUUGCUGAGCAACAAGAGUUAGCGGAGCACAUCAAGAAUGCCCGGCUUGAGAAGAUAGACAGUCAAGAAGGCCACGAUGCCUUUCUGUUGCAGUUCGAACAAGUCAACAAGUAUAUCCUAGAGUUCUUACACGAGACGCUGCCGGACAUUAUGAAUAAAGAAGGCGAGCACGUGGAGGCAGCUAACGUCGGUCGGAUAACUAAAUCGAGCACUUUCGGAGAGGCAGAAGUAGAAGUAGAAGAUAUCACGGCGUGGUGAAUAGCUCAUGCGCAUAGACUACGACAAAUGAAUUGAUAUUGGAGUUAUUUGAGUUGAGAAAAUUGCUUACUUUGAGUUUAUUUCUACCGCGAUUAAACCAUGUUUCGAAAUCCGGAGCCAAUACUUGGCAGUACCGGGUUAUGUCCGGGAUCGAGAGACAUACAGAACAUGGCAUGUCUACCUAGUCGUCCCGAGUUAUUGGUAAAGAUAGUCAGCGUCAAAUCAGACAUCCUGCCCAUGACAUGCGCAUCCAACUGAACCACCUAUAGUAGCAUCUGCUGAGGUAGCGUGUGGUGCCGCUGACCCGAGCCAAAUAAACUUGCAUACGUGCAAAUUUGGGGUUUCAGUGGGUAUCGGUAACUCGGAUGCAUAAUAAUGUCAACGAAUACCGGAAGCUAUAACUUAUACUAGUUAUAUACUACUUAGGAAGUAAGGUUAGCUUCUAACAAGCAUAGAUUAUAUCAGGAAUAACUAAACAAUCUACUUUCCAAGUAUUUGUAGGAUCGGGACAUGAUUUUGAAACCCUUAUUCCAGAAGGAAUAUUAAAUAGCCUAAAUCUUACGGUUAUACAACAUAUGUGCCGGCCUGAGUUUUAUACUUUGUGGUUCUUAGAAGGUCC